CUCCGAUUCUCUCGAUUCAUGUUUCCGGGUUGGCCUAAAAUACCCCUUCUCUCCUAUCCUCAUAACCUCAAUUCGAAUAGGGCAAACGACUUUCAAGCAAGUUGGUGCUAGUGCUACCGAUUCAUCGUUUUCAAGACACGGAUCUUACGACCGGGACACAGCGGGGCCCCCCGGAGUUCACUCAUAAGAUUCGGGAUGAGUCCCGAAUACGCCAGCGGUCCGGCUGCCGUUGACGAAGCGUCAAGAGAGCAACAAAGCUCGUCGACACCGAGUGCAACCAGCCAGGGCCAACCUUCACCAGUCACCACGAAUAUGGACUCCGCUCUAUCAGAACCAGACUUAGGUCACAUGACUCCGUCAGCCUCCGAGUCUGCCAACCUUCUCGCAAAGCCCACUGUCACUUUACCUGAACACGCACCGACAACUUCGUCACCCCACGUUUAUGGAGCGCAAGCUCGUGCAAAUGAACUCGUGCAUCAUUCCACGGUUCUAGCAAAGGAAGGCCGCUUCCAAGAUGCUGCGCAUGCCUUGCGCGAAGCCGCGCAUCUCGUACCAGGCGACGAGAGUGUGGCAGCUGGGUGGAAGUCUCUUGGUAAGGAAGAACAGAAGAAUCCUCUGAUUGGACUGUGUCGGACGUGGGUGCACUCAAAGAGUGAGACAGAUGGCGGUAAGGUCCUCGACGCUGUGAGGACAUCCGUUCCGAGCAUGAAUGAACAGUUCGUUCGCCAGGUCCUGGACAUCAUGAUGGAUCUGGAGCCCGACGAUGAUGUGGCAGACCAAGUCACAGGUGAAUUGAUGAAGCACCCAGGCGCACGUAAGUGGCUCGCAGAGAAGGUUCUGAAGAGUCCAACACCGACGUUCAAUACUUUCUUCGAUCGUGGCGAUGACUCGGCAGAUGCAAUUGUGAUUACAUGCCUUGAUGAUAAGGCUUGGCUUGAUGAGAAAAGUCAGAUCGCGGCGCAGAGAGAUGUGUUCCAACUCAGUCUCGCUGCCAUGAUGAGAGCUGGCCUGGAUCAUCCGGAGCGUGCGAUGAGAGUGAUUGCGCGGAGCCUUGCGGCAGAAGCACCACAUUUGACGGGUAUCAUCGAUGCUGACUCGUUUGAUGUCAUACUGUCAAGCCUGGAUAUCAGAUUGUCGAAUAUGCUACGUGGUCAAGCGACACUCGCAACAGCAAAAUUGAUCGAAUUGAGCCCGGAUACGAGUCAAAAGCUCAUAACACAAUUCGUGACAGGGAGGGUCAAGAAACCGAAUCCAGAUGCCUUGGUCGUUGCUUUCUCAGCUGCGGCUGCCAUAUUUCCAAUCGUGCCGAGUGUUGCGGCGACACUGUUUCUGACCGAGGGGUUCAUGAGCAGCUUCGUGAACCUAGUGCAAGAAAGACGCAGUCAAACUCUGGAUCGAGCGGCAUUGGAACUCCUGAGUGCGGCCUGCGUCGAGAAGACCUGUCGUGAAGCGAUUAGCAAACACUGCCGUCAAUGGAUCCAAGGCAUUGCCGAGGCAGCUAUGGAUGCAAAGAAAAGCACUCUGGCUUCCCUGAUCUUGAUGAAGAUCCAAGAUGAACUUGUCGCCCAGGUUCCCACAUCCCCUGUCGAGGAGAUUGACCAACCGAAACCUCAAGAUGAACUUGUCGCGCGCUUCAAAAGGAUCGUGCUCGGGUCCGACAACCAUAUGAAACAAGACUCAGUUGAAGGUCUUGCAUAUGCAUCUCUACAAUCUAACAUCAAAGAGCAACUUGCGAAAGAUCCGGUCUUUCUCCGCCGACUUAUAGAGACCAUGUUCGACUCCACGAAUGUCAAACCCAUUAUGUUCGGUGGUCUCACUAUAUUCGUCAAUAUCACUGCCUACCUGCCUCGAAGAUCCGAAGAAGAAAAGCGCAUGGCCGAUAUACGCACGUACGCCGCCGCUGGCGCAGCUGCCAAAAAACCUACAAAAGAUGACCCUCUUGAUGAUGAUGACCACGUCUCACGCCGCUGCAAACAAGUCCUACAAUCCAAUAUUGUGCCCCUCCUUGUGGCAUGCUCUAAGCGCGCCUCGCCCGCCGUACGCAGUCAGAUGCUCCAGAUCCUCCUCGCACUUAGUAAAGAGCAGAAACAUCGACCCACAAUGGCACAGCAAGGUGCUGUAAGACUCCUAUUGCAAGUCUGGGACGAACUCCACAAGGACACCCAUCCCAUGCCCGUCUCCUACAGCCCAGCAAGCAAUCACGCCUGCGCACACACCCUCGCGCGGAUCCUGAUCUCCAUCAACCCAGCACACAUUUUCCUCGCUGGCAUCCCACCAAGCAACGCCGUCCGUCCCCUUCUCUCCCUCCUCGACGAAGACGCGGCUGGCGAAGGGACAAAAGACCUCCUCCCUACAUUCGAGGCCCUCCUCGCACUGACAAACCUAGCAUCCAUGGACGAUACAACUCCACGUGACACUAUUCUUCGUCUCGCCUGGACGACCCUCGAGACGAGUUUACUGCUGCAUAAUAACACGAUGGUGCGCCGGGCCGCCGUUGAGUUGCUGUGCAACCUCAUGCCCUCUCCUGUCUGUGCGGGUAAAUUCUCCGACGGCUCCCCGGCGGCUAGUCAGCGUCUCCAUGUCCUCCUUGCGCUCGCAGAUGUCGAAGACGUUGCCACGCGCCGUGCGGCUGGUGGUGCAUUGGCCAUGGCCACGGAAUGGGAGGGCACUGUCAGCGGUAUUUUGGCUCGAGAAAAGGGUGUAAAUGUGUUGCUGGACCUUUGUGGUGAUGAGGAUGAGGGCGUAAGACAUCGGGCUUCUGUUUGUGUGGGCCAUAUUGUGAGUGCGCCUGGGGAGCUUGGGGAGAGGGGCAAGGGAGCUGUGAGGGAUAAUGGGGGUGUGGAAGUCCUGAAAGGGGUAGUGAAAAGGACAAGAGAUGCGGGAAUUGUGCAGGUCGCGGCGGAGGCCUUGAAGCAGUUACUCUGAAGGAGGAUGCUAUAAAUAACACGUUGAGGUAUAGGCCCGGGUAGAGAAGCCACGGAGCUUACGGGUAUGCAACUGUGUAUGGAAGUCUAAGUGGCUCAGUGAUCACAGACCAUUAACAAAGAGUCAAAAUUUAUCAAACAUAUGUCGUCUUCGUUGC